ACUUAGUAGAUGUGACGAUCCUGUAUAUAAUAAAGUUAUUAAACAAGAAAACAUUGAGGAAACAGACUCUAAUUGUGAUAAUACCAUAUCAGAAAUAGGGUAAAAUUGCGCAAUACUGCAGGCGCUUCAUGUCCAAUAUUUGCCUCCAGCCUCAGGUAUAGGUACCUAUACCGAUUUUUCAGACAAUUUUGCAAUGAUUGAAGAUAACAAUGAUAAUUCAUACUGUGUAACUGCUGACGCAUAUGGUGAGAGCAGCGACUUUUUACAUUCUGUUCACACAAUGGUCAAACACUGUGUGAUAUGUCACAACGUUGAAGCUGUUCCGGGAGUUUCAGUACACACGUUCCUGAUAGACGCUGUACGUCAACGUUUGUGGGUGCAAUUUGUCGAGAACCUGAUGAUUCAUGUCAACCGAACCUCUAAGUCAUGUUCGAGGCACUUCAUUCCUGGCGUGCACUUCUUACAAGGAGGCAUUCGCCCUCGUCUGACCAGAACAGCAAUGCCGUCAAUAGUGGUCGGGGCACCACCGGUACCUGACCGUGAACUACCAAUUCACUCAGAAAUUGACAAUGCCGAUGCAAACGGUGGCACAGAAAUCGUCGCGGUGGAAGUCGUCGAGGUACAGGUGGAAAGUAUCAACAUGGAAGUCGUCCAGAUGGACCAAGUUCUGAUGGAUGACGUUGAGGUAGUACCAGGCCAAGUGAAGAUGGUGGCCCCGAAUAAUAAUGAGGAGAUGCAACUUGAAAUCGACUUUUUACUUAGAAUUUGAACCAAUUUCCCCGGGUGUUUCAGUCGAACAAUCAUGGACCGUCUGGCUGGCAUCCAUCAUCCGCUCCUGGAACAGCAUUACAUUGGGGUGUUGAAUGCGGUUUGUAGAGAUCGUGUAGCCCACCACUUUCCCAUCAAAAGUACCAGACAGGGUGGUUUCUAUACAUGUCGUAUUAGUCGUCUUGUGACCAUAACAAGACAGCGGGUGUUGCAACCCGCACCUGUACUACUAAUGAAUUUGUUGACUUUUGAUUCAAGGGAAGCCAGGAGCUUUAGAGCUGAGAUUUUAAGGUACAACAACUGUUUGGAAUUCGCUGCGUUCUCCAGUGACUACAACCCCAGACGUUUGCCAGGUCAUGAACCUAGGGUAUUUUAUGCUCAAGGAUAAGUGUAUCAAAGGACUAACUAUGAAGUCGCCCCAAACGUAGACAGACAAACGAGAUACUGUGAGUUGUAUUUCGUGAGUUCUGAGCAAGCAAACUGGGCUCGCUUGUAACAGAAUCCAGGCCGUUUAUUGGAGCAAGUUCUUGCUGACCUAAACCAGCUGUCUUAGGAUAUCAAUCCAUACGCCCAGCCAUUUUAGAACAUGAGUCAGUUGUGUUUGGAUGAAGAAGCCUGGGCUAGAAACAAUCCCGUGGUGGCACUGAGAACAAUCAGUAUACAUUUCGUCACCGACGCAGCCAGAGACAAGCGAAGUUACGGUCCACCCACCACAGAUGAAGUCGUGGCUGUGUUCGUUGGUGACAAUGGCCGAAAGAGAGACAUCAAUUUGGUCAUCUACAACAGGAAUCAAUCAUAACCGGAUGCAGACGUUCAUGAUCACGUCACGCUGAUCCAAUGCUCUAUCCAGUGUUGUUCCAAUCCAGUUGACAAAACAACAUGAUGCGGCAGGCAGGGUUGCCACAGAUCUGGAAAACCGGAAAAAGUCAGGGAAUUAAUUUUUAAGUCAGGGAAACCGGGAAAAGUCAGGGAGUUAUUUUUCAAACAAGAAAAACCGGGAAAAAUUUGUGAAUUUAACAAACACCGUUAUACAUUUCUUAAUCUAUUUAAUAAUUUUGUAUUUUAUGACAAAAUUUUUAAAAAAAACGUACUGAAAAUAACUUGGUAUUUUAGAUUUGGAUGUAUUUAUAUUAGAAAUAUACGUAAACUAUUUAGCGUGAAUACUUAAUAUGUAUUAUUCACGAGCCCACAAGAGUGCGAGACGACAGUGUAGCUCCCACCUUAGGCUGCGGCUAUACACGACGGGCGUAUUACGCCCGUCGUGUAUAGCUGCUCUGAUUUAAACCAAUGCGUUUUUAAUUCAACGGAAUACGCCGUGUACAGCCCCAACCUUAGUUACUGGCGCUCGCGUCGCCUCGCGAAAGAUCUGAAAUAGCUAAAAAUAAGUUCAGUUGAAUUAUUUAUUUUCGAAUAUUUACGAAUAUAUUAUUUUAUAAAAUGUUAUGUUGAGAACCUUCCUGUUGAAUUACAGCGAAACUUCACUCUGAUGCGACUCAGACUCGAGACUCCAAGAACUGAUCCGCAAUAUUGACAAACUGGCCAACAUUAUAUGUCAAAUGUCAAGAGAUACUCUGUAGAAAAAAAGAAUGAAACUAUGACCAGCAUAUAACAUCAGUUUGACAAAGCGAAAGAAUAUGGU